GAGUACAUGUGGACUCGCGGGUUGCUACUCACUGUGUGUUUUUAUCCCACAGAGCUCCUCGUCCGCGUCACAGUCGCACCUCGCUCAACAGUCAAGGGCCCCGACUUUGGCUCGCCAGGAUACCUUACCGAUGGAUGCCGGCGACGGUGCCGGCGAUUAUCAGCCUCGCGUUCUCCACUGGGAGCCUACCGAGCUCGUCAGCACUUCGGCAUUGAAGCCCAUGGGAAUUCCUAUCACGAAGGACAUGGAGACCGAGGUCGACGAGUACUCGAUUACCUCGGACGGAAACGCCUGAUUAGCGUCGAUUUUGGUCGACAUUAACUUUCCGCUUCACGUGUAUAUGCCCGUCUCAUGAAGAACAGUAAAUGUUGGACCUG